AUGGUUGGAGCUGUACAGAAAGAGACUGCUGCUAUUUCUUCACCUCCUUCCAUUUCUUCCUCAUCCUUAUCUUUCUUCUUCUUCUUCUUCUUGUUUCUUGCUGAUUCCAUGAGAGAUGGGGAACUGUCAAGCCAUUGAUGCUGCAGCUUUGGUCAUACAGCACCCCUGUGGCAAGAUUGAGAGGCUUUACUGGCCGAUUUCAGCUAGUGAGGUCAUGAGAAUGAACCCUGGUCACUAUGUUUCUUUGAUUAUUCCAUUGCCUGUUUCUGGGGAUCAAAAUAAAGAUAAUAGCCAUGAGAAGAAGACUAGUACUGUUCAGUUUACUCGUGUCAAGCUUCUUAGGCCUACUGAUACUCUUGCACUUGGCCAUGCUUAUCGUCUUGUUACUACUCAAGAAGUGAUGAAGGUGUUGAGGGCAAAGAAGUAUGCGAAAAUGAGGAAGCAGCAGCCGGAACCAGUUGAGAAGCCUCAGACAGCAGCACAGAAGAAGAGUUCAGAUUGUGAAGCAGGGAAAAAACCUGCCGAUGCAGACAAGGAUAAAGAAAAAGAUCAUCAGGCGACUAAAAAUGAAAGACACCGACCAAGGACACCAUCAAUCACCUCCGCUGCACUCAAGUCAAAGUCAUGGCGCCCCACAUUGCAGAGCAUCUCUGAGGCUGCGAGUUGAGCUGAUGGAAUUAGUCGUAUUAUGCCACAGGAAAUUUGCAGUAGAUCGCUUCUUACAUUGGAGGUUAGUCGUAUAUGUAAUACUGCUUGUACACAGAAAAAUAGAUUAAUUCAUCACUGGAUCGAAGGAGACUUGUAAUCAGAUGUCAAAAGCAUUCUCAAUCAAAGCCCACCAGUUUCAAACCAUUUUCAAGUAAUAACAAAUCUGUAUAGCUACAAGGGUAGCAUGGAUCUAACAUUAUUUUACGAGUACUAUUUUCUUGCCUUCA